AUGUCAGGUGUAUUCACUAGUCUUCGUUUCCCUAAUCCACUCAACUUGGACCUGUGUAAACAUUGUAUCAACAUGGUCCCAUUUCCUCCUCUCUAUUUCUUCAUGGUAGGUUUUGCGCCUCUUACUUCACUUCGUUUGAAACGUAUGAUGGCUACUGCUAGUCUUCAACAAGGCUGUUAA